AUGACGCUCCUGGAUACUCCAGGGCAUUCCGAUCUAAUACAUGAGACUACUAAGGCGAUUGAAUGUAUUGAUAUUGCAGUUGUAGUCCUUGAUAUUUGCUGCGACUUAUCUCUUCAAUACGAGGUGGUUUUUAAUGCCAUUGCGGCCAGUAAGAAGCCACUGAUCAUAGUACUCAAUAAGACUGAUUUAAUUGGAAGAGAUUUUGCAAGCUUCAUUAAAAAGAAGAUAGAACACCUCAGAAGUAUUGUAGAAGAAAAAAUGUGUCCCCGAGGAUGGUUUGCUGUAUCCUCCAAGUACGGGAGUCUUAGCAGAAUAAAAGCAGAUGUGUAUGAAUCAAACGAAAAGUCCGAGGAUGUUCUUAACGAGUUGAUAGAAGAAAUAUUUUGCCUAGAGCCAACGAAACAUAACUAUAAUGAUGAGGAAAGGUUCGGAGGAUUUUUGUGGGCAGGAGGAACUAUAUUGUUUGGUCUUGUGCCAAAGGCUGAUUUCAAUGCAGGGUCCACAAUUAAGGUGUAUGGAACCGACCUGGCUGCUGAGAAACUCUACAUUCCAUUUCCAGGAUGCCUUGUAGAAACCAGGGCCGUCAAGGCAAACAUCGGGGUGCUGGUAAAGUUCCAAGAGGGCCUUCUACAGAAAAUUGAACUUCCUAACAACCAAAAGGUUUUAGGACAUACGAUCAAGAAAGUUUUGGAGGACAAAGGAUUGAUGUGCACCGACUCCGAGCUUCUUGAAGUAGUGGAUCCUGUGAUUAGAGUCCAAGUGAGCCCUAGUGACGAGGAUAUCUUUUUGAGGGAGGUUUGGAAGCUAAGACUAAUAUAUCCAGGCUUGAAGAUUGGCAAAAAGAGUCUGUGUGGAAACGGAGAGCUGCUUAUGGAUGCUGUACUGUAUGAUUUGAGGAACAAGCUGAAUGUUGAAUUUCAAGUUUUGAGUGUUUCUUCAAAUCUCAAGGAAAUAUUCAAGGAUUCAUUCAGAGAAGUAGUGGAGACAGGAAAAGGACUGUUAACAGUUGAAGGAGGGGUAACCAGAGACAUCGAUGAAGACCAUAAAUUUUCUGGGUACAUAGAGAAGCAGAUAUUGAGUAAAGGCCCACUGAUCAAAGAACCUUUUUCUCAUUCAUAUCUGGCUAUAUCUCCCGAGCCUUUGGAGUUAGACUUUGAAUGCUUUAGGAAGAUAGAAGAUUCUAUAGUCAAACAUGUUACAAUUCUGGAACCUCUUUAUCUAGUCGAAAUAGUGUAUACUUCUGAGGCGGAAGAUUUAGUCAAUGAAAUGAUCAAAUCUUCUUUUGGCGAAGUGAUUCGUCAGAAGUCUUUUCCUUUUAGUAUGCUGAAAAGCAUAUUAUGCUAUAUUCCUGUCCCAGAGUCUUUUGGAUUUGAGACAGAUCUCAGAGUUUAUUCCUGCUCGAAGGCUGACUGCAUAAAGAUUCCAUUGUAUUGGCGCCCAGUAUCUGACAAAAGUAGGGCAGCCAGCCUGACCAGGUUCAUGAGAAAAACUAAAAGAUUUGAAUUACAUGGUAAUUGA